UGGCGGGAUGGCGGCGGCGAGCGCGGAGGGGGUGGAGGCGGAUUCGGAUGGGGGCAGCGAGGAGCUGGUGCUCACCCCGGCGCAGCUCAUCCGCAGCCUGGAGCAGGCCUGGCUGAAUGAGAAGUUUGCUCCGGAGCUGCUGGAGAGCAAACCUGAGAUCAUUGAGUGUGUUGUGGAGCAGCUGGACCAUAUGGAGGCAAAUCUGAAACGGGCAAAGAGAGGAGACUUGAAGGUCAGCGUUCACCGCAUGGAGAUUGAAAGGAUCCGUUACGUGCUCAGCAGCUACUUGCGAUGUAGGCUUGUCAAGAUAGAGAAGUUUUUCCCCCAUGUCCUGGAGAAGGAGAAGUCUCGAGCUGAAGGGGAGCCUUCCAUCCUAUCACCAGAGGAGUUUGCUUUUGCUAAAGAGUACAUGGCAAACACAGAGACUUACCUGAAAAACGUGGCCCUAAAACACAUGCCGCCCAACCUGCAGAAAGUGUCUCUCCUAAAAUCAGUUCCGAAGCCCAACCUGGACUCCUUUGUGUUCCUGAGGGUGUUGGAGCGGCAGGAGAACAUCCUGGUGGAGCCAGAGACGGAUGAGCAGAGGGAGUACACCAUCGACCUGGAGGAGGGCUCGCAGCACCUCAUCCGCUACCGGACCAUUGCCCCGCUGGUGGCCUCGGGAGCGGUGCAGCUCAUCUGA